AUGACGACCAUGAGAGCCCUGGUCACCGUCGAGGACCACAAGGCCGCCCUGAAGAACGACGUCCCCAUCCCCAGCUUGUCUGAGGGCGAGAUUCUCGUCAAGGUGCACUACGCGGCACAGAACCCCACAGACUGGAAAGCCGUAUCGGCAGCGCCUGCUGGCCGGGUCGUAGGCUGCGACUUCGCGGGUACGGUGUCGGACGCCAACGGCUCGCACUGGCGGGAGGGCCAACGCGUAGCAGGCUUCGUGCAAGGCACGACGCAGCGCGGGGCCUUCGCCGAGUAUGUCGCCAUCGAGGCCUCGCUCGUCUACGAGAUCCCCGGGCCGGUCAGCUACCAGGACGCCGCCGUUGUCCCGCUCGCGUUCGCCACGGCUUCGCAGGCCCUCUUCCAGAGGCUGGGGCUGCCCGAGCCGAGCAGGCCGGCAAAGUCGGCGUUCCCCAUCCUGAUCAACGGCGGUGCGUCCAGUGUCGGCAAGUAUGCGGUGCAGCUUGCCAAGAAUGCCGGACUCUACGUGAUCGCCACGGGAUCACAGAAGAACCACGAGCUCCUGACAUCCCUCGGUGCCGACGCAGUCGUGGAUUACAGCGACGCUGAUUGGGCCUCUCAGGUCCGCAAGUUGAGCCAUGACAACCUGCAGCACGCAUUCGACUGCAUCUCAGAGAAGGAGACAGUCGGCGAGGUGAUCAAGGCCCUCUCCCCGACCAAGGGCGGGCACGUGCUCACGAUCCUGCCGCGCAAGAACUCAGAGUACCCCGACAUCAGCAGUAAGGUCAAGAUCGAGAGCACCAUCGUCUACACCGUGUUCGAGCGUCCUCUCAGCUACGGCGCGUUCGACAACUGCGGGCACGGCCCCACGCCCGAGGAUAAGGCGUUCUGGGAGAAGUACCUCAGCCAGCUGCCCGAGUGGCUGGAGAAGGGCGCUAUCAAGCCGAACCGUGUCAAGGAACUCGGUGGGCUCGAGUCCAUUCUUGAUGGAUUCAAGCUUCAGCAGGAGGGUAAGGUCAGUGCUGAGAAACUAGUAUACAAGAUCGUGUAG